AUGCCCUCCUGCCGGUCUGGCCAGAUGCCUGCGCCACAGCCGUGGUGGCUCCAGCCCCUCCUGCUCCUCCUUUGCAUCCCUUCCUCCCUAGCGGUCUUGCCCGGCCAGACAGAUGAGCUCAAAGUGGCCACCCAGACGGGCUGGGUGCGUGGACUGCGGACGCCGGUUCUCAACGGCCACGUCUCGGCCUUCCUGGGCAUCCCCUUUGCGGAGCCCCCCGUGGGUCGCCUGCGCUUCCUGCGCCCUGAGCCCGUCAAGCCCUGGCAGCACGUCCUCGACGCCACUUCCUACCAGCACGCCUGCUACCAGAUGGUGGACAACAGCUACCCGGGAUUCGCCGGCACGGAGAUGUGGAACCCCAACCGGGAAAUGAGCGAAGACUGCCUUUACCUCAACAUCUGGGUGCCCUCCCCACGCCCGAAGAACGUCUCCGUCCUGGUCUGGAUCUACGGAGGGGGCUUCUACAGCGGCUCUGCAUCCCUGGACGUCUACGAUGGCCGCUUUCUGACCUACACACAGAACGUCAUCCUGGUCUCCCUCAGCUACCGCGUGGGGGCCUUCGGCUUCCUGGGUCUCCUGGGGAGUCAGGAGGCACCAGGAAACAUGGGGCUGCUGGACCAGCGCUUGGCCUUGCAGUGGAUCCAGAACAACAUCCAGCACUUCGGGGGCAAUCCCAAAGCGGUCACCAUUUUUGGGGAGAGUGCCGGGGCCGCCUCAGUGGGCAUGCACCUGCUUUCCUCCCAGAGCCGUGCCCUCUUCCAGCGGGCCAUUCUGCAGAGCGGGGCACCCAAUGCGCCAUGGGCCACCGUCACUCCCGCAGAGAGUCGGCGCCGUGCGACCCUCCUGGGGAAGCAAGUGGGCUGCCACUUCACCAACGACUCCGAGCUGGUCAGUUGCUUGCGCUCUAAAACUCCCCAGCAGCUGAUUGACGAGGAGUGGUCCGUCCUGCCCUACAAGAGCACCUUCCGCUUCCCCUUUGUGCCGGUCAUUGACGGGGACUUCUUUCCAGACACCCCCGAGGCCAUGCUUGGCACGGGCAACUUCAAGGAGACCCAGGUGCUGCUAGGGGUGGUGAAGGACGAGGGCUCCUACUUCCUGAUCUACGGGGUGCCCGGCUUCAGCAAGGACAAUGACAGCCUCAUCAGCCGGGAGGACUUCCUGGAGGGGGUGCGGAUGGGCGUGCCACACGCCAACGACAUCGCCACCGAGGCCGUCGUGCUGCAGUACACCGACUGGCAGGAUGAGGACAACCGGGAGAAGAACCGGGAGGCCAUGGAUGACAUCGUUGGGGACCACAACAUCAUCUGCCCAGUCGUGCACUUUGCCACUCGCUAUGCAGAGCGUGGCAACAAGGUGUACGCCUAUCUGUUUGACCACCGGGCCUCCAACCUCAUCUGGCCUCUGUGGAUGGGGGUCCCCCACGGCUACGAGAUUGAGUUUGUCUUUGGACUGCCCCUCAACGACAGCCUGAACUACACGGCCCAGGAGAAGGAGCUGAGCCGCAGGAUGAUGCGCUACUGGGUCAACUUCGCCCGGACAGGGAGCCCCACUGACCCCGCCGAGGAGGACGGUGCCUGGCCCACCUACACCGCCUCCCAGCAGCAGUACGUCCGGCUCAACACCCAGCCGCUGGCCACCCACCGCAGCCUGCGUACCCAGAUCUGCGCUUUCUGGAACCACUUCCUCCCCAAACUGCUGAACGUGACAGUCGACCCCCCACCCGCCGAUCCCAGACGCCCUCCCGCCCGGGGCUAA